AUGGAUGGAACGGCGGCACAGCAACCGGCGCGGAGGCGUCUGCCGACUCUGAUCGCGCAUGUUGCGCAAGUCGUUCUGGCGAUCACAGUCCUGGGUCUGGCUGCGUACGGCGUUGAUUACAUCUCGUACAACGUCCUGAUCUACUCUCUGGUCGUCGCCAUUUGCAGUCUUGUCGUAUCCUCAUGGAUGAUCGCCUCUCGCACAUUCUUGGCCAAGUUCGACAACACCUAUGUAUCCUUGGGUCUCCAUGCUUGGAUGCUCGUGUUUUGGGUUGUCGACCUUGGACUCACUGCCAGCCUGGCACACGAAUGGAACUCCCAAUGCAAUUCUUCUCCAGAGAGCGACAAGAUCUGCUCAUCAUUUGCAAAGCGGGACACUGAUUUCCGCACCUAUUCUAGAGCGCUCGUUGCGAGUGCCGUGCUCAAUGGUCUCCAGGUCCUCCUCUGGAUCGGCACCACAACGCUGCUUGCGCUCGACCUUAAGCGUCGUCGGUCCACAGUGUCACCAGCACCAUCAGGCGGCCCGACACCGCGCUUCUCCGCCGAGAUAGCCAACGAAGGCGGCUUGGAGAAGCAGCUCAACCCAUUCGACAACGUUAGUGCAGCACCCGUCCGUAAUCACGCAGAACCAGUCUUACCACCCGCAUCUCCAGACAUCGACGGCGAGCCUGUAGAGCCAUUCCAGCCAUAUGUGCUCGGGAGCCAGUACCUACAGUAUGCACCCUCCUCACCCUGCAACGACAGCACUCUGAAUUCAUACCCUCAGUCCCACUACUCUUGGUCCGGCGAGAGUGGUAUAGAUGGUUUCGGCUCGCCUGUGCCAUUGCCGCCGAUGCUGAAUACGCUGCGCGCUGUGAAUCAAGAGAGCCCAGUCACGCCGUCUACGGUGGAUGGCGGUGAUUGA